AUGUUCGGCCCCAAAGACCUCAGCUGGACCGGCCCUCGCCCUUUCGACAACAACGGACAGGCUGUUGAGGUUGACGGAUUUGAUAUGGACAUUGAGCAUCCAUCGACAGAUAACUCCGUUGGUUACAUUGCUCUCGUCACCCUUUUGCGAACCUUUUAUGCUUCGGCCUCGAAGCAGUACUAUCUGACCGGUGCUCCCCAAUGCAUUGUCCCUGACGCUAGCAUGGCCGCCAUGAUCUCUGCCGCCAAGUUUGAUAUGCUAUUUGUUCAGUUUUACAACACCCCAAGCUGUUCAGCCGCCACUUGGACUUCGAGCAACCCGUCCUACGUUCCUGGUCAGUCAUUUCAAGGGGCUGGAUUUACCUUUGAUGCCUGGGUUCAGUGGCUAUCCAAUACGCCGAGCCGAGAUGCGAAGGUGUUCAUUGCCUUGCCUGGUUCCCCAGACGCCGCCAACCCAGGGAACUACAUAACCCAUGACCAGGCCAAAAACCUCAUCAGCGCAUACUAUUGCCGGCCGUCAUUUGGAGGUGUGGCCGUUUGGGAAGCGACCCGCGGAGAUAGUAACCCAUAUAAUGGCAAAUCAUUCCAAGCCACGAUGAAGUUGUGGCUGCAAGGAGCUGCAGCAGAUGUGCGGCUAUCGAGCUGCCAAGUAAGUUCAUGGAAGAAACUCAAUAGUCGCGCAGCUAACGUUCAAGCAGGCCCCAACAACGCCAGUGCCAUCAUCCGUGCCGCCAACCCGGUCCACGAGUCCGCCACAGUCCACAACUUCGACCCAACCCAAUCCUAA